CCCACUUAUUUUGUCGUGUUCGUCGGCUGUUGCUUGAGGAACAUAGCCUACACUUAAGCGGUUUACUUGAAGAGCCGUGAUUCUACAAACUGUGCAAUACCCUGUAGUGUUUAUCCAUUAAAACUGUAUAGGCUGACUAUGGAAGGUGGGGUAUUUGUCUUCUGGCUGAUUCUUGUAAACGGAGUUCUUUGUACAGAAUCCGUUAUUCAUCUCUUCCGCCACUGUGAAAAAGAAAUUACGAUUGGGAAUAACGUAAAACAGUCUUUGGAAAUAUCUGGAAUGGAAUGGCCUCCUAAACUUUAUGCUUGCCCACUGACUUUCAAAUCAACCGGAAAAUUUGACCUGGUUUAUUACGAAUUCGAAAGAUUUGAUGUCAACAAUGACGACAUUGAAAUCAGUCUUCAGGCAUCAAACGAAGAGCAAGAGGGUUUCAAGAAUCAGGGUGUCUUCGGUGCCCUGACCUCUCCUCCGUUGUCUACUGUCAGAACGGCUUCAAGGUAUUUCCGCUUGAUGGUGACCAGAGGCCUACUGAGCAGCUAUGACUUCAGCGUCUCUCUCAAGCUCCAUGCCGAAACUGGCGCACAUGGAACGUCGCUGAGAUCGGGUCAGAUUGUUGGCAUUGUCAUCGGUAGCCUUGUCUUUAUCGUCGCCCUUAUCACACUUAUCGUAUGCUGUGCCAUAGGGGCCAAGUACCCGGACCGCCGUGGGAGCAUCUACACCGUUGCUCGAAGACUCAGUAUAUUUGCUGUUCCAACAAACCAACCUUCUGGAGAUGACCCAGAAGACGUUGCCGAGGAAGAAAUCAAGUCAUCCAAGAAAAAGGAAGAUGUCGGCCAAGUGAUUGAAGGAUACAAAGUGGACUAAGUUUACAAUACGGACUGCCUCUACUGUCAGAUCUGGGAAACCCUAUAUGAGAGAAAACGUCCCUGUAAUCCAGCGGAGCUGUUGGUCUUUAAAUGAACAAUGGAAAUGCAGAAAAAGAGAUGUAUGAUGACGAGGCAGUGGUGAAUGCGACAAAGUUUUCAUGUAAACAACUCAAACAUGUCCAUACUGGGGUUAUACCUCUCUUAAUUUUAAUACUGUUAUGGUGCAACGCCCAUAACAAUUAAAUAUUCACUUUCAUUAAAAUUGAAGUGAGGGUAUUGCUGUUAUUUAGCUUUUUAUGGUAUACAUGUAGUUAACAUUUUAUCUCCGCCAUGCUUAGACUCUCGUCGUUGUUCUAGCUUUACUCUGUAUGCCAUAGUUUGUACAACUAGAACUGUGGACAGAUAUGUAUGGAUAAUAAAAAUUUGACAGUGGUGUUUUUCUUAAGGAUUAAAGGCUUGCCUUGUUAGCAAGUGCAGAGGGUACGAAUAAGACAAACUUAUCAAGGCUUAAACAAAAUCAAGUAUAAGUAAUAUAAUCAAGAAGUAAUAAUAAUGCAAAUAUUAAGGCAAGCCAUUUUGUAAGAUUUUUCAAAGUGACACCUUGUUUACUACAUGGCAUACAUUCAGAGUAAAAACAAUCACUAAUGUAACAGUUAACUUGGGAAAUAAUGCGAUAAGUAAGCGCUGAGAAGUAAAUUGAGUAUUUGUUGUUAGGGAUCUUCUUGUGUAAAGUUUUGCCAGGUUAGUGUAUUUAGAAGAUUUAACCAUUUGUUUUGUUGGUUAAUUCAUAAACUAUAAUGUACGACAACAUCCCCAGUUUGGAAGGUUGGGAUCUGGACACUCUCAAACCCAAUUGUUCACAGGACAUCGAGAACACUGGAAAAUACCGUGUCUUCUUGCGGCAGGGCGAGUCCAUGCCGCCGAAGUGCUGCCUCCACUGAAGUAUCAUGCCGAGGACACCAGGCAUUACACCCCUUCCGGUGAAAUUCUACUGACACAGGGCUAAGCAGUUGUGUUACCUUGCUUUAGCGUCUGAGUGCCAAGCCAGAUAGACUCAAGUACCAUUCCAAUGUCUGUGGUAUGUCCCGAGGAGUGAGUGUGUGUGCAGAGAAGCGGGGGGAGGGGUAGAUA